CUUCCUAAUUGGAAUCCAUAUAUAUUGUUUGGAUUAAGAAUUUUAAACCGCUUACAUAUAGGUUCAGCAUGAGCGGGAAAAGUACUUCUUGAAUAAUUCUUACCACCUUUUUCUGGAGUAGGAUAAUACUUUUUUAAUGCGUUCUCCGAAAGAGAAAAAAGCCUGAUCGUUGAUUCUCUGCAAUCCUUACGGGAGUGUUUUUUUCUUUCUUUCCUUUAGCUUAUUUAGCCGAGUCAGAACCUGGAUUAGCGGGAUUCAAAACUGAUUCUCUUGGACGGAUGGCUGAUUCAGAAGCCAGCAAUGAAGGUUUUUAUGUUCAUAAAUUCAUAAAACGGUAUCAGUUUUACUCAUUAUCCCUUCCAAGUCGUUACUUGUUAUUAUUAAAUAUGGCAUUCGGAAUUAUAAUUAAUGCGGCUCUUAUUAAGUCCCAAUUUUUGUUCAAAUGAUGUUUCCUUGUUUUGCAGCCACCUCUGGGGAUAUACCAUUUGAACAGGCUCCUGUCGAUGAAAUCCACUUAUGGUCAAUAUGUGAUGACGUAGGCGCAAAAUGGAGAGACCUGGGUACAGUCUUAAAGCUUGAAUCAGCGUUCAUGGAUAAUAUUGAGACUGAUUUCAAAGAAUGCCGUGAAAAGGCAUGGAUAAUGCUUCGAAAGUGGAGACAAAAAAAUGGAAAAGAAGCAACAGUGGGAAUCCUUCGAAAUGCUCUUGUAAAGAUUGAAAGGAGAGACGUCGUCGAUAAACUGCUUGGUACGUAAUUUCCUCUUGUAAAGGAAAUCUCUCAAUACCAGGUUUAUCCAGUUCUAUUUACUUUCGUAAUGAAAAACUGAACACCUAUGCAGAAGAGGGUUAAUUCGGUACAAAGAAGUAACAAACCAGACAUUCUGAUUGGUCAAUAACCAAGGAAACUCACAGAUAGCCAAUCAAAUGCGAGCCUUGGAUGUCGCAACAUUUAGAUAAGCCGAAAAUUUACGAGCGAAACAAUGAUCGGCGUUUUAGGUAGGUUUUCUUUCGCCACCGCAACAACAAUACAGCAGUUGAAAAACGGAUCUAACAACGAAAACACUGUAGAAAGUACUGCUUUUAGGUUGUCGGUUUGAAAAAGUGGUGUUUAGAGAGGUGAACUGCCAAGGAAAUAGAAAAUUACGAGCCGACCCAGCUUAUCACUUUACUCGAGCAAUUCUAUACCACCAAAACUAAAAACAAACAUGGUUAAACCUCGCAAACGACGAUUCCAUUUCAUCGAAAGUGAUUCGGGCACAGACUAAACAAUUCCUUGUACUGUUUAGCUGGAAUUUGAACUUUUUUGCGCCUUAAAGAUGUAAAAAUAUCAUUGUACAUUAUUGUUUUGAUCGUACGCGGUUGUUUUGACCGAACGCACAGUGUCACUUGCAGGUUUGAAUAAAUUAUUUUUGCACUUGAUGUGCGCACUUUGCUUCUGCAUAAUUAUGAUAAGCUAUCUCGUAUUUUCUCAUGAAUAUUAUUAAUACGUAAUCACAUGAUUUUUCUUGUGCAAUUUGAAAUAACUAAGCACUUGUUACUUUUUUCAAAGACCACAAUUUAGUUGGUCGUUGAAAAAAUUUACUCGUGCUUAUCUAUUCCAAAUUGCGCUCGAAACAAUUUGAUUACCUGUACAAAUCAUAUCAAAUGAAUAUAUUUAUAAAUCGGUUAAGAAACCUCAUUAUCACCACUGUGAGAUUUUGCAUACAAAUUGUGACAUGAUGUCUAGUUCUUGCCGAAUAUUUUGAUAUUACUAUUUUGAUAGUAAUUGUUUUUUUUUGCUGAGUUCAGUCAAUUGUUUUACAGCCUAUCAUGAUUUUCAUUAGCUAAGUUCUUUUAGUUGUUGUCUUUUCUGAAGAAGUCAGACUGCAUGUUUUUUAAUGUUUUGGUAAAAGUUGGGCUGAAUAUUAGCCCAUUUAUAUCGCUAAUAGCCUUGUGCUAUCUCUUUGAUUCGGUAAGAAUUUUCUUUUGAUGGGGUUUUCGGAGAAAAACGAAUAUUUCAAGGUUUUUCAGCCAGGUCCUCAUUGGUAUCAUAACGAUUUAAAAUGAGCAAUUUUAAAGAUGAUAAUCUGGAGAUUCUUUAUAUACAGAAAGCCGAAUAUUUUUUGCGUUGUUCUGGUUUGGAAAAGAAACUAAGUGAUACGAACACAGAGAAAGAAACAUUAAAAACAAAAAUCAUCCAGGUAGAGCUUAAGCAGGAAGACGAUAGGAAAACAAGGAACGAAGAGGAGAAAAGAAGGAAAGACGAAAACAUACAAUUCGGCUUGUUCAACUGAAGUCGAGUCAACUGAAAUUGGACGAUUAAUGAAUCACCAAGUGAUGCUGUGGUAACAACAUUUGUUUCUUACUUCAUUUUAUAAAAGAUGAAGCAGGACAUUCGGUAGCAAAGUAGACCGAGUGUGUAGAUACUUAUCAGUCGGUUUAGAAAAGAUACUACCGUUAGGGACUGGGAAUGUCAAAUGUUUCAUCUUUCUUUGUUUUUUCCAAAUUUUUAACCUCUUAUAGUACUAGUGAGUGGUCUCAUUUUGUUCAAUAUUAAUUAAUUUGCUUGAUCGUCUUUUCUUGUAGCUCUAGUUUGUCUUGUUUCCUUCAUGCAAGGCUGUUGUCCGAUCGCUACUUCACUAAAAUUUUUUUACAUAAGCUCUCAUUGACGUUAUGUUAAUAUCAAUUGAAUUAUUCUAAUCUGAAGAUUGUUUAUUUAGAAACGAAUAAAUGUUUGCGAUGUUCUAAGUUGGAGAAGGAACUCAAGGAUUUAAAAGCAGAAAGAGACACAUUAAAAAACAAAAUCUGUCAACUCGAGGGCAUGAGCGCAGACGACGAGCAGAAAAGGAUGGGCACAAAAACAAAGGAUGAGAUAAUCAAAGAUCUUGUGGAAGAAAAGAAAAUGAUGAGGAAACAGAUUGAAGGACUAAAGGCCAAGGAAGGGGAACUGAAAUUGAAGUUACAAGUUCAAACAAAUCCAGAGGAGCUGGAUCAGCUAAAGUUUCAAAUUUUUGACCUGUUGAAUCAAAUAGAGGAGCUCAAUAGAAAAGAGAAAAGCUCUGAGUCAGAAUGCUAGAGGUUAAAGGAGGAGCUCAAGAAGUGCAGCAAAUUCCGAAGUCGUAAGUACAUAUGAACAAAGAUAAAUGUGCUGUGAUAUCCACUGUUAAUUUGUUUCAUUUUAAGGUUGUUUGGCCAUGUGUUAACCCUAACACCAUAAAAUAACAUUCAUUUACCAUUAAACAUGACAUUUUUGAUGGUAAAUGAACGGGACAGUAGUUCGACUUUUAAUCAAUAAGAGACCACACUUCCUUGCGAUUUAUAAGUCGAUUAAUUCCAAGCUUCAACAUUCCCCCAACAUCCCCCCUCCCCUGGGCAACCCCGGUCCCCGGUGAUUUAAGUUUUUGGUGUGUUGAAGCGUCGAGUUGAUCAGUUUAUCAUGAGGUAAUACUCCUUUACAAUUUUUUUCAGAGAAAAAAAAAGUUGCAAGGUGUAAGUAGAAGAAUAGUGACCAAGAAGGGACCAAGACAAACUACGUUCCAUUGCUUUCGUGACAUAAUUAUGGGUUUACUGCAAUGGGUUAUAAUUUCUUGGUUAACUGUCACAAUAGGCGAUUGGUUGUGACGGAUCAUGAACAAAUGAUCAAUUGAAUAGAUGAAUAAGGAAACGAAAUGAUAGACUGAUAACCUGAUGAACGUAGUAACAGAUAGUUGUUAGAUGCUAGAUGAUGAAGAAAGAGGCUACGUCGUUAUUUUAAGUGUUUUUUAAAUUUUUUUAUUUUUACUCCUAGUAGGUGUUUUCAUUCCGACUGGAAUUUAAUUUGCCGGAAAUUGUCCUGGUGUCAUUUGCUUCCUAAAGAAAGAUGCUUCUGCAAAACUGCGUGCUUCUAGAUCUUCUGAUGGCCCGGGAGAAGCAAGUGACAUAUUAAACCAUAAGAAAGCGCUAUUAGUGGAACAACGGAAAUAGAAAAUUCAUGGUGGUAUCUUUAAUGGUGGUCCAUUGAUCUGGGCUUAAGCCAUCGACUCAUAAUCACACACUACUCUUUGAGACAAGGCAAAAGGCAUGGAGAAUCAGCACUUACCGAUUGGUAACUAGAGGGAUCUCAUGAUGGAAAGAACUGGAAAGAACUUAAGACUAUUUACUACGGGAGAGAUUCACAGUUCUUCGUUCCUCCUUUAUUUUAUACAGGUACCUGGUCUGUUGGAGGGGAAAUACCGGCUUUUCGCUUUUUUCGAAUUUUCCAGACAGGUGGAAAUUCCUCCGGUAAAUAUGGAAUAUACCUAUCUGGAAUUGAGCUGUACGGAGUACUUCUGAACAUAUGAGACCUUACAGCUAUAAAGACUUUAACUUUUAAAGUUUUUAUCAAGCAGUGGAGAUAAAAAUAGUACCUCUCAGGAGGCAAGGUCUUUGUAAGACUUCCAAUUAAAAGUGUCUUUGGGUCUUAGUUUUGCCACAUUUAGAGUAUUGGAGGUUCUCAAUGGAGUGAUGACUUUUACGGCUAACGGUUAAAAUUCUGGCCAUUUUACGGCUAACGUCUAAUAUCUUUCCAUUGUUGUCACCAUAAAUUUGUUUUACGUUUUACUUUUCUUACGACUAACGGUUAAGAUUUGUCAAUUUUACGGCUAACAGCUAAGUAAUCGGUGAACCACGUUGAGAACGUCAUAUUACAGUCCCUUGUGUGAUUUUGAGUGGAAUUCAACUAAAAAGAGAGUAAAUAGAUGACUGUGAACACAUUUAAAUCAUAUAUGUGAACUUCGGAUAAAAGACUGAUGAAGAAAUGAAUAUGGAAGCGAUCCUCGCAGUAAUAAACAAUAUACUUAACCAGUAG